AUGGUGAGCCUGCUCCUGUCCGGUUGUGGCAAUGAUCCUCGAAAACCUCCUGAGACUCAUGCACCCUACCUUGGGGGGCAGUGCAACAUUCUAACUGGUUCAUCUUGCAACCCUGUUCAGAUGCCCCUCUUCACAGAAGGUUCCUAUGCCCCAGCAUACCUAUUCCGUGUUAGCAGCGAUCGUAUCGUCACAGACAAUACAGAAAGGAUGGAUGGAGAAGACCAGGUCAGCGUGGACACUGAAAUUUCCGAGGUGUCCACAUCUACAGCAAAGAACCUCGGGCUCUCAGGGAAGCUUCCUGCCGGAGGUGGUCACGUCGCCUUCUCAGGAGGUGCAAACUUCCGCUCUCUCGCUCAGACCAUGGAUGUUUACAACACCCAGAAGUACUACUCGCUUAUCAAGCGCCGGUACAUCACGCAUUCCCAGUUUCUAUCUUCAGAUGCAUGGAGCGCCGCCGCUUCAAGCUUCCAGGAUGCUGUGAAGCACUUGCCCCGAUCUCCCAAGAGCGAUGCCGAAUAUGCCCAAUGGUUCCAGUUUUUUGAGAAGCAUGGAACGCACUACGUCAAGGAAGUUGGGUACGGUGGCACGCUGAGGAUGUCUGCAUUUGUGAGUUCCGAAGUUCGCUCAUCAAAAGUCAUACGACAAAGUAGCUGGGGUUUCUUCCUGGGUGCAAUGUUCAACAAGAAGAUCGGUGCAGAUGUCCGAUACAACGAAAGCCACACGCAGCAACAGAUGGAUGAGUUUGCCUCCUACACGUCUGACGUAGUGUUCCAUGCAGUGGGCGGUGACCAGACGCAGUCCAAGUAUCAAGACUGGCUGCGCACCGUGAAGGAGAAACCUGCGCCGGUCAGGACUCUGUUAGGCUCUGUGGAAGACUUCAUUCCGGAGUCCAUUGAGUUCAAGCAGAUCCUGGAGAGGUAUUUCAGUCGCUGUCCGCACACUGAUUCCCUGGGAGUGUGCAAUGGGUACGGUCUUUGCGACUUUUCCAAUGGUUCUUGUGAGUGCCAAGUCCAAGGUGCUUACAAGGAGAAAGACGGACGAUGCUAUCCUGUCUGCCGUGGGAACUGCUCCGGCAACGGGGUGUGUUCUUUGGGAAAGUGCAGUUGCUUUGUCGAUGGGGUUUACAACAUCGGGUACACUUCCUUACCAGGCAAAGAGCCAUGCUCCACAGCCUGUGGAUCACAUGUCUUUGAUGCCGGCAGUGGAAGGGUCUGGUGCCGUGCUGGCGCUUCGCGGACCAACUCCGAGUGCGAGGUCCUGGCUUACACGAAGCAUGAGACGACAUCCCCAACAUGCUGGUGCCAAGAAGUUCUCAAGCACCACCAUGGCGUCGACAUCGUGGGGGAGUCCGACCUGCCUGACGACCAGCAAGGAACGGGGCACGACACCUUCGACUGUGUCGGUGAGAAGGCCUGUAAAGUUGACAUCUGGCCGUGGUCCACAUGCCCCGCAUAUCAGGUCAUCAGGUGCCACCAUGGUGCUUCCGAUUGUCCAGCUGAUGCACCUCACCAAGACUUCCCGCGCAAGGGGGUUGUACCGACCAGUAUCCUUGCAAAUGGCACGAAACCAAAGCAGGUUGUGGUCUGA